UAAAGCUCUCACGCCGGUCGUGAUUGAACGCAAAAGAAACUAACACAAGGUCUUUUAUGUAUAAAGAUUAGUAUUUAAUUUUUACUUUAUGAUGGACAUCGACAAAGAAAAUAUUAGAUUCAAGGUAAAAUCAAAGAUACCUCUACCUACAGAACCGUUACCUCCUAUACCACAAAACGUAUUAAAGAGACAACAGGAGACAGAAAUGGAAAGACAUCCAUUGAAGACUAUUAAUCAACAAUCAAAUAAUAUAGUUAAUAAUGCGGGGCCUAGCCAUAAAAAUGAAAAAGUAGAAAAAAUUAAAACAAAAGCUAAAUGUCCUGUUAAGAUAAAUACUCGGCAUGUUACUGUUCGACAAAAUACCGAAGACUUAGACUGGGACUAUAAAGUGUUUAAGGACGAUACUGUUGUAAAAAAAUGUAGUGUCAUAGUUAUUAGUGAUGAUGAGUGUGCACUCGAUGAAAGUAAACACAAAGAAUCACGUUAUUUUAAUGAUAAUCGUCAAAAGAAUUGCCUCGCUGAAACAAAAAAGGCAGUUACACCAGCUUUAAAAUCGCCGACUCUAGAACCAAAUAAAGUGAGAAAUAUUAAAAGAAGCCUUAAGAGACCCCACAGCCGAGAACUGCAAGGCUUGUCGCCUAUGUUAAAUUACGAUAAGGGAGAUGAGAGACAUAGACGACGUUUAUUUAAUGAAUGUCUGCAAGAUAAGUUACAGUCAUACAUACAAUCACCUGAUUCUCUUAAAAAGUCAUACAUGAAAUGCUUGAACCGAGACUAUACAGCGGAUAUAUUUACGUAUCUUAUGAAUGUGGAGAACAGAACAGAACAGCCUAGAAUAACAAGCAUAACACGCGCAUGUGUAAUCAACUGGCUGAUGAAAGUUAACGGUUCAGAUGGAAAUCCCGCAGUAAUUCAAUCUGCAAUUUGGUAUCUGGAUUCAGUAUUAGCCGUUGGUCACGUUCAGAUAGAGAAAUUGCAACUUGUCGCAGCAGCUUGCUAUUGGAUAGCGCAGAAGAUUCACGGUACAGCAGCUACCGCAAAGCGGCUUGUUAAAUUCUCAAGUCAUGCUUUUACAGCUGGAAAUCUUGUAGCAGCUGAAAAAGCUGUACUAUAUAAAUUGAAAUUCCCGUGUCAACCUAUAGUACCACAAGAGUUUAUAACGUACCUCUCUUGGUGGUGCGACAACUUGCAUCCUGGUGAGAUUGAGGUGGCUGCGACGUUUGUUUGUAUAUCUGGACUAAUGACUGAUAAAGACCUCUGUAAUGAAUGUCCAUCAGUAAUUGGUGCUGCAGCUGUUCGGAACGCCGUUUUGCUCUUAAGAAAGAAGGAAGCUAUGGUUAAGCUUCAAACAAAUCCUAUAUUUAUAGCAGCCGUGAAGAAGACGUCUAAUAUUUCCUAUGUCUGCUCCUUACAAAGAAAUGGAGUUCGUUUGAUUUCAAAACCUUUAUACGAAUAUAAGGCACCACUCGAGUAUUAUGGCACACCACCCCAUUAUAUAGCUCAGAAAAUUAUUAGUUCAGUUAAUGAACUUGCAAUUAUAAAUAAAAGAGUAGUCUCAGCCUGAAGUCCUGGAAUGAAAUAAGCAAAUUUCAAAGUCAAUUAAGUAUUUUAACUUCAUCAGCUUUUUAUAUAAUAUACCUAUUGAACUUAAUUUUAAUAUUUCUUUUACGUAUAUU